AUAAAUCCAUAUACACAACACUUCAUCGAAGCACUACACCGGCCGCAUUUUUGGUCCUCUUUAUUUAUCAAUUUCUAGCACGAUAACCUUUUAUCAGUUGUGGCAAGUGAUGCUAAAGUAUAAAAAGAACGAAAAGACACGCUCGAGUUUAUUUUACUGCGUGUUUUGAGACUUCAAAGUGUUAAAAACUGUGAUUCUUGAGGUCGUUUCAAGAUGAGGUUAUACGAAGCACUAGGUCUCAUUUUAUUCUUAAGUUUAGUUAAUAUUAAUCAUGCAUGGAGGAAUUUUUAUCGAGGAAGAGGAGUCGGUGGUAAUCUAGGAUAUCCUCCUCGUGGAGUUAAGUUACAAGGAAGAAUAUCAAAUGAUCAUGUUUCAACAGAAUGGUUCACACAGAAGCUUGAUCACUUCCAACCUAAUGAUCUUAGAGCAUGGAAGCAGAGAUAUUAUGUCAAUGAUGAGUUCUAUGAUGCUCAAAAAGGAGGUCCAGUUUUCUUGAUGAUUGGUGGUGAAGGAGAAGCUACAAUCAAAUGGAUGACUCAAGGCACAUGGAUUGACUAUGCUAAGAAAUUUGGUGCAUUGUGCUUUCAACUAGAGCACAGAUAUUAUGGAAAAAGUCAUCCAACAAAAGACUUGAGCACCAAAAAUCUUCAAUAUCUUACCAGUCAACAAGCCCUAGCUGAUUUGGCAUACUUUAUUUCAUCAAUGAAUGAACAAUACAAACUUCCAUCCAAUGUGAAAUGGAUUGCUUUUGGUGGAUCAUACCCUGGAUCACUUGCAGCAUGGCUCAGAAAUAAAUAUCCUCAUCUUGUUCAUGGUGCAAUGUCAGCCAGUGGUCCACUUCUAGCUGAAAUCGACUUCUUUGACUACUUCAGAGUGGUUGAUGAAGCACUGGCAACUUACAGUGAUGAUUGUGUGUCAGCUGUGAAACAAGGCACUCAACAAGUUGGAAUUCUUUUGCUUCACAUGGUCGGCCAACGAAAUAUCAACCAGAAAUUUAAUCUUUGUGACCCUAUUGAGAAGUCUAUUGACAAUCACAAUGAUAUUGCCAACUUCUUUGAGGUUUUGGCUGGAAACUUUGCUGGAGUAGUUCAAUACAAUAAAGAUAAUCGCCAAGGCAGUAAUAACAUCACCAUCGACACAUUAUGCGAUAUCAUGACAAAUCAGGACUUGGGACCACCAGUUCCACGUCUUGCUGAAGUUAACUCAUUGAUUUUAAAUGCAACUAAUCAAACAUGCUUAGAUUACAAAUAUGACAAAAUGAUUGCUUCUCUUAGAAACAUCAGCUGGGAUAGUGAAACUGCUGAAGGUGGACGUCAGUGGACAUAUCAAACAUGCAUAGAGUUUGGCUUCUUCCAAUCAUCAACUUAUAAACCACAAGUAUUUGGCGAUUCAUUCCCUGCAGACUUUUUCAUUCAACAAUGUGUGGAUAUUUUCGGAAUGAAAUAUAACGCGUCGUUUUUGGAGGAUGCAGUAGAAAGAACAAAUAUUUUAUAUGGAGCUUUGAAUAUUGAUGUUUCAAAUGUUGUCUUUGUGCAUGGGUCAAUUGAUCCGUGGCAUGCGUUAGGAAUCACGAAGACUGUGAAUCAAAAUGCACCUGCAAUUUACAUCGAAGGUACUGCUCACUGCGCUAAUAUGUAUCCAGAACGUGGCGAUGAUUUACCAGCACUGAAAGCAGCCAGAGUACAAGUUGCAAAUUUAAUUGAUUCAUGGCUUAGAUUAUAAUUUUUUUUAAUCUUGAGUUUGAUACAUUCAAUAUAGCAGGUAAUGAACAAAUAGACAAGAGUCAUAA